AUGUCCUUCACAAGUCCCAUCUCUAUUGAUGACGGAGAAGAUGAGGUGGUGAACCUUUGGGACGAUCAACUAGAGCUCAUCGACUACGAUUCUGAUAGCUCAGAGCCCGAAAUCACCGCAGUUUACACGAGAGAGACCCCACCAACCACUGCUGCAUCAAGCUAUCGCAAGAAGACCCGUCCUUCGUUACGGCUCCACAAUGGACCCAUAGUGUUGCCUGAUAGCGAGAUUCCGAAGUACGGACUUGGGGACGGGACUGUCAUCGUACAAGGUGAUACUGUGGAGCUUACCAACGACAAGCAGCUCAUGCCGGACACAAAUCAGAGCGGCGAUUUUUUCCGGGUCAAGAAUAUCAUCGUCAACCACCAGACCGAUGAUGUACGCUUGCGAGGUUACCGUCUGCGCCGCACAAAGUACCUGUCCCAAUUGUUCGAUUGGAAGCUCAACGAGCUAGCCAUGGUGCUUUGUGUUAACGAAACCGACACGCGCAGUGCUUUCAUUGCUGGCAUGGAAGAGGUCUCUGUGGACGAGAUUUUUCGCAUUCGAGACUGUGUCUUGACAAACAAGCCAUACCCAUUGUUGAGUUUCAGAGAUUCAGGUUGCUGGAAAUUUGACUUUCGAAAGGGCCUCUCUAUAGAUGAGAUGAAAGAGCAAGUGUUUCAUGAAGGACGCCUUGUGUGUCGAGUGGUCAAUAUCUUGAUCGUCAGGAACAACAAGAAGGGAAAGGCACAGAGUGGUAUUGUACGUCAUUUAUACGCUAGAGAGGCUGAUGCAGUGAGCACUGGCGCGGCUCGAGGCCCUGGCGCUUCCCGGACGGAUUCAAUCCAAGUCGACGAUGAUGAGGAAUCAGAUGAGUCUGUUGUCGUCGAUCCUGAUAGCGCAGGCCGGAGAAAGCGACGAGGCCAUUUCAGCUCCGGAUCAAGGAAGCGACACUCACCGAUGCCUAUCAAAGCAAGGCAACUCACAUUUGGAGACGUCUUCUGCGGGGCAGGAGGGUCAUCUCAAGGAGCAAAACAAGCAGGCUUAUCUAUCAAGUGGGGGUUGGACUUCGACGAUGAUGCAAUCGAAGCUUAUGAGCUGAAUCAUACUGGCGCCUUGCCUUUCAACUGCAGUGCUCAUGACUUCCCACCAGAAGGGUAUACCAGCGAGCAGCUCAGGGUAGAUGUAGUUCAUCUCUCUCCUCCGUGCUGUUUCUUCAGCCCGGCCCAGUAA